CUACUAAGAAGUACUACGUCACUAUGGAUGUUACUUUCUUUGAGGACAUGAGUUAUUUUUCCUCUUCAGAUACAGCUCUUCAGGGGGAGAAUUCAUUUUUUGAAGAGCUGUAUCAUGGAGAGGGGGAGGAAUCAGAAGGAGGAGAAGAAGCAGGUGGUAUUUUGACGGAUCCAGUUGAGACCAUUAGCUCGCCGCCUCCAGAAGCAGAAGCUCCAAACAUCCAAGCACCAGUUUCUAUGGCUGAAAAUGAUGUUGAAGAUACAACUCCAAACAUCAAAGCACCAGUCUCUAUGGCCGAAAAUGAUGUUGAAGACACAAUUGUCCCUCCUACCAUUGCUUCUACCCCUGACCCACAGCUUCCUGGUACUGAAGAUCACUCAUUUGAGGAUCGACUGAAAAAUAAGAGAGAAGAGCAUAAGGAGAAACUAACCCUGGAGGCACCAGAGGGUAUUCCACCAGAAUCUGUACAAGUUACUGCGCGUGAUGAGAUUCCAAUCAUGGCUGAAGAGUGUGGAAGGAAGGGAAAAAGAGUUCGUGGUUUAGGCUCGUUUCCUCGCAUGGAGCUUCCAACUGUUACAUCUUCAACAGCUGUGAGUUCUGAGAUGAACGUAAUGCAAGAUAAAUCGAAGAGGAAGGUCAGAGAGCCGAAGGAGGAGCAUGUGAGUGAUGUGACUGAUUUGUCUGGGAGGGAAACUCUUGUUCGCAAAUUCGCAUCACUGAACAACGAAUUGACAAUUUUGGAUGUUCGGACGUUUAAGCCAAUUCAUGAGAGCACUGCCUCCAGCAGAAAUACACGUUCAACAAUCCCGAAAGCAAAGGGGAAGGGAAAGGCUGCAGUGCUAAUGACAAUGUUGAAGAAGUUCCUGAUGAAUAGCCAAGGUUGCUUUGCUGAUACAGAAAACAUUGACAUGAAUAUCGUAGUACCCAACAGUGAAGAAGAUGAUGUCUUUGGAAGAGAUGAAGACGGUGUCCAAAACAAUGGAGAUAAUUCUGAAACAGAGGAUUUGGAGGAAGAUUUGUGA